ACGAAAAACUUCAGUCGUCAACGGAUCUUCGCAGCGACAAGAUGUGUGCAGUUCGAGGGAUACUAGGAGCAGCCAGCAUUGCAGCUCUAGCUAUAGCAGCCGGUGGAUCGCUUUACUACCUGUACCGAUCCAGAACACAGAAGCCGACGACAACGGAGGAGACUACGGUCACUCCAGUGGAAGGAGACCCUGAAACGGUGGAGGAGAGGCAGGCUGAGCCGAUGGUUGAACCUGUACUCUCCGAGACUGUGAUGGAGUUGGUGGAGGAAGAUGGAGGAGUUGACUGCCCCAAGGAAGAAGAUCAGGUCACUCCCAUUAUGGAUGAGGCACCAGAAGCUCUCAGCCUGCUACAGGUCACUGACUUAACAGAGUCAGAGGAAGCUGAGGUGACCCUUAAUACAGAGCUUUGUGAGAGUGUGGUGGAAACACUGGUGGAAGAUGGAGGAGUUGACUGCCCACAAGAGGAAGAUCAGACAACUCUCAUCAUGGAUGAGGCAUCAGAAGCUCCCAGCCUGCUACUGGGCACUGACCCAGCAGAGACUAAGGAAGCCGAGACGGAGGCUGAAUGCAGACCCGAAGCUGAAUCCAAAAAGAAGCAGAAGAUACGAGGGAGACGAGGAAGAUCACAAAAACUACGAAGACUAGGAAGACUAGGAAAACGAGGAAAGAGGCUGUAUAAGUAGGACAGUGUAGGAUUA